GUCAUACACAGACCCGCUUCUGCGUUAAAAGAGCUGCCGGAAAACAGCCUUGACGCCGGGUCUCCUUCCAUUCAAGUCACCGUCAAGGAUAGCGGUAUGAAGCUGCUUCAUAUUCAGGACAACAGCUGUGGCAUUCGUGUGCGUCUUCCUCACAUUCGCAUGAGGGCAUUCCAUUGA